CGGCCCAGACGGUGGGCGGAGCGCGGGCGGGGUGACAAAUGUUAUCUUGUUGGUUGUUUAUUUCGAGGAAAAAUGGCGGCUUCUUCCACAGUCGAAGGCGAGUUUCGGCCCCUCCUUGAGUCUGUUUGCAAGGAUUUUGGUCGGCCUUGGCCUCUGAAGCCACUUCAGGAGAAGGCGGUGACGUACUUUGUCCAGAGGAGAAAGGACAUUUUUGCCUGCUUGCCCACUGGCUACGGCAAGACGGAACUUUACACGCUGGUCCCUCUUGUCAUGGAAAGAUUGCUGGGGAAACACUGUGUGAUGCUGGUAGUGUCUCCGUUGCUGUCGCUAAUGCAGGAUCAAGUACAACGCCUGCAGCAGGGAGGGAUCAAAGCUGCCUAUGUCGGCGAGACGCAGGAAGAUGCUGAUGUCAAGAGAGGAGUAAUUGAGGGGAAAUAUAGCCUGGUUUUCGUAUCGCCAGAGGCGAUUCUGAACUCUAAAAGUUGGAGAGGGAUGUUGACAAACAAGACUUACCGCGAACAUCUUGUUGGUGUUGCCGUCGACGAGGCUCACUGCAUAACGUCUUGGGGUGGAGAGUUCAGGAAGGAUUACAAGCGAUUGGCAGAACUGAGAUCCUUGCUUGGUGAUGUACCGUUCAUGGCUCUCACAGCUACAGCUACUGAGGAAAUAAGGAAGGACAUUCUGUCAUCAUUGUGUAUGGAUUUGGACACUUUCACUGUUUCAGUACCAUCAAAUCGACCUAACAUUAUGUAUCAUGCAGUACCUUCAAGUCAUGACAGUCGCAAGGAGUUCGGAUGGUUGGUUGAAGAACUUAAAAGUAAGGGACAGUCUUGUAGAAAAUACAUCAUAUACUGCCGUAGCAUUAAAAGCUGCUCUCAGUUGUAUGACAUGUUCAUGACUUCUUUGGGUGAUGAUGCAUAUAAUCUGGUAUGUAAUAUGAUGACAAAGUCCUACAAGAAUAGAAGAGUAGCAAUGUUCCACAGGAGCUCUGCAGAGACAAAUAAAAAUUUCCUUUUGGAUGAUUUCAGAAACACUGAUAGUAUGGUAAGAGUUACAAUUGCAACUGUAGCAUUUGGGAUGGGUAUAGAUGUCCCAGAUGUUUUCGCAGUGAUUCACUGGGGUGCCCCAAGACAUGUUGAAGGUUUCUACCAAGAAAGUGGGAGGGGAAGGGAUGGUAGACCUUCACAUUCCCUGAUUCUGCACCAGAGUAGAACACUUGCCAAGGGAUCAUGUUCACAGUCAAUGUCAGGCUAUUGCAAACUGGCAAGUGGGAGUUGUCGUAGGAAGUAUUUACUAGAUUAUUUCAAGCUCAAAAGUUCUGAUACACAUUCUUCUGUGGAGGUAUCUGAUAAGGACACAUGCUGUGACCUAUGUGUAGAAUGUGGGGAUUCUUUUCCCUGGAACAAACAUGAAGGUCUGUCAUCAGUUCCUGAACUUUCUGAUGAGGAACUAUUAAAAGUGUCUAGCUAUCGUCAGCCCACAGAAGAACAGCUACACAUGUUGAAAGAAUCUCUGAUCGACUACAGAAAUGAUCUCUUGGAUGAAAUGAAACCCUCACUGUACAAUUUUGACAUCACCAUAGGUUUAAGUCUUUCCACUAUAGACAAUAUUGUUGACAGCUGUGCCACCUUGGUAGCUAGGGACGACAUCAUAACUAACAUUGGUUUGUGGGACGAGGAAGUGGUUGACAUGGUAUUCACAAUCUUAGAAGAGUCAUUCCAGUAAGACUUGAAAUCUGUGAUUUGUCAGUUCUCU